GAUGCUCUCUGUCUGUGCUGGUAGCCUGUGACACCGUGAGAAAUGAGCCAUCAGGGACUCGCCAAGCCAAACCCAAGCCAAGGAAUGGGGUCACAGCCGGGAGGGUGAGCUUGGGUCCCAGCCCUUGAGAUCAGAAAAUAGCACUGCUCAAAGUGGAGCCAGAAGCCUCCAUGCACUGCCUCAACUCGUGGUGCAGCCUCGGAGCUAAGGGGCAGCAGCAGCUCCUGUCCCCCAGCCUCCCUGGGACCGUGUCUGUGGGGCUGGGGUGUCUCUUACCUGUGGUUUCCUUGGGCCACAGUCACACUUACGGGACGAGACGGGUGAUUUGUCACUUAAAUCCCAUCUUCUCUGCUCCUAGGUCACAGCUCAGACCAGCUCCUGGCACCACUGAGCCAAACUGGAUUUCCACCGGUGACCUGGGAGCAGUGAGUCCCGUGUGGGCGCGUGCCCUCAGCCAGCAUGACCAGCGAGGUGGUGGAGAACGAGUUUGAGUUUUACUCCAAGGCAGAGAAGUACUGGAAGGAUGUGCCCGCCACAGUGGAUGGCAUGCUGGGGGGCUACGGCCACAUCUCCAGCAUCGACAUCAACAGCUCCAGGAAGUUCCUGCAGAGGUUUCUGCGGGAUGGCCCCAACCGGACGGGGACAACCCGUGCUCUGGACUGUGGGGCUGGCAUUGGCCGGAUCACCAAGCGGCUGCUGCUGCCCCUCUUCAAGACAGUGGACAUGGUGGAUGUGACAGAGGACUUCCUCACCAAGGCCAAGAGCUACCUGGGUGAGGAGGGCAGGCGGGUGCGCAACUACUUCUGCUGCGGCCUCCAGGACUUCAGCCCUGAGCCAAACUCCUAUGAUGUCAUCUGGAUCCAGUGGGUCAUCGGACAUCUCACUGACAACCACCUCUCUGACUUCCUGAAGCGCUGCCGUGCCGGCCUGCGGCCCAACGGCAUCGUGGUCAUCAAGGACAACAUGGCUCAGGAGGGUGUGAUCAUGGACGAUGUGGACAGCAGCGUCUGCCGGGACCUGGACGUGGUCCAUAAGAUCAUCCGCAGAGCUGGGCUGCACCUCCUGGCUGAGGAGCGCCAGGAGAACUUCCCUGAUGAGAUCUACCACGUCUACACCUUUGCCAUGAGAUGAGGGCAGUGGGAGAAGGUCUCUCCCAUGUCGUGACUCCCCUUCCAGGGGCUGGUGACAAGGAUGGGACUUUGUCUUCCAAGUUGCUGCUGUUUGUGAAAAGAGGUGUUUGCCAAAUACAUUUUCCUGCUGUUGCACUUCUG